AUGGUGCAACAACCACCAACAUGGUGUGAAGUAUGUGGAGGUGGAGAUCACAAUGCUGAGGUAUGUGGAGUAAACCCAAAAUCUGUUCAUUUUGUAGGUAAAACACACCGAGGAGGAAAUCAACAAAAUUAUGGCAACACCUACAAUCCAAGCUGGCGGAACCACCCAAACUUCUCAUGGGGUGGUAAUCAAAACCAACACCAAGGACAGAAGCAGUACAUGCCACAAGGUAGUGGACAACAUUACAAUCAACAAAGCCAUGGUAAUCAGCAAGCUACCAAGCAAGCGACUCAGAAUUUGGAGAAGCAGUUUGGGCAAUUUGCUAGUGCACAGAAUUCCCAACCACAAGGAGGUUUGCCUGGUAAUAUUGAUCCAAAGCCAAAACAAGUAAAUGUUGUGAGUACUCGUAGUGGUCGUCCAUUGGAGGAGUUAAUGUCAAAGAUCAAAGCUGUUGAAGAAAAAGGAAAACAGGUAGAUGAAGCUGGACCAAGUGAGCAAAGGGUGGAUGAGGAACCAAAAGCAAAACCACCUCCUCCAUUCCCACAGAAAUUCAAAAAGCAGAAGGAGGAUGAAUAUUUCGAUAUGGUAGCCAACAAGAGUAGAUUGGCGGAGUAUGCAACAGUGGCACUCACUGAGGAGUGCAGUUCUAGGAUCCAGAAUAAGCUCCCAGCUAAGUUGAAAGAUCCAAGGAGUUUUACUGUGCAAAUAAAAAUUGGUAAGUGUAUUGAGGCAAGAGGGUUGUGCGAUUUGGGCGCAAAUAUCAACUUGAUGCCUACUUCCAUGUUUCUUAAGUUGGGACUAGGAAGGCCUAAGUCCACAACCAUAAUGUUGCAAUUAGCUGACCGUUUGGUAGCAAGGCCAGAUGACGUUGUUGAGGAUGUCUUAGUUCAAGUGGGAACUCUGAUCUUCUCCAUGGAUUUUGUCAUCUUGGAUUUUGAGCUUGACCCGGAGGUCCCAUUUAUUUUAGGACGCCCAUUCCUAGGAAUCGGUGGUGCGUUAAUUGAUGUGGCGGUUGGUAGACUGACGAUGAGGGCUCAUGACAAGGUAAGGGUAUUUGAUGUGUACAAGGCAAUAAAGUUACCUGCAAUAUAUGAGGAGUUGUCUGCAAUUACAAUCAUUGAUGAGGAAACAACAACUAAAUAUGUUGAAGCCCGAGACCCUUUAGAGAAAGUGUUAAUUGGGAAGGACAUUGAGGGGGACACUGAAGCCUAG